AUGGUGGCAGCCAGCAAAGCCAAAAAGCAGCAGCCGGUCGUCGUUGAGACCGAGCCGAAGAUCGAGACGACGGUCGUCGACGACCAAAUUGACAACUCAGCAGCCCUCUCGCGUGUCAACCUGAGCUCUCGACAAUCUCAUGGUGGCGAGGAGAGCCACGGCGUCCCUCUCGGUAUCCGGAGUGGAGGAGAAGGGAAAAAUCCAGAUCCAUUUCCCGCUAUCGGUCAGGAUCAGCUUGACGAGGAGGCUGCGGUAGGGUCCAUCCACCACAUCCUCAAGACUGCGUUCAAGGAACUCUAUGAUGGUGGGAGUGACAACGAUGAGACUGAAGAUGAAGCUGCGGAGGAAGGAAAUGGACGGCAAGGCACACCGGCGAAUGGAUCAGAUUCAGAGUCAAGGAGGCCUUCGUCGGUAGCGAUGGAAUCUGCGGCGAACGGUGGAGGUGCUGAUGAGGGGGAACUGGCCAUGACAAGCGAUGGGGAGAUGGCGUUUCAAAAUUUUCAACGAAACACGUCUCCAGGUGGUAGAAAACUGGAAGAGGGCGGAACAGCCGAAGACACGGCAGCAAUCGAAGAGAGGGAGGAGAUAGAAGUUCUAAAGAGGCAAGGGAUUCUUAUCGGGGUACACAUCCCGAUGGGUCCCAGCGGACUGGUUCUGGACCGUUCCACGAUCGGUACCUUCGGAGGGUUCGCCAUUUCUCUACUGGAUGCGGCGGAACUUGCUCGGGCAAACCGAGUGGCUGGUCUUCGCCACUCUGGAAACCUUCCGUGGAACGAGUUUUCUCAAACGAAACCGGAUGGGGAAGGAGGUGACGCCCGUUUUGAGCCUCCUGGAUACCUGAAGCACACCACAACGAAUGUCACCAGGGAGGCUCUGACCCUCAAGAGAAGCUUCGGCCGCCGUGGGGAGAGAGGUAUCCAGCAGCAGUUGCAGCUCGAGGCGCAACGUGAUGUGGAGCGAGCUAUGUCCGGCGACACCAUUGUCACAGGUGCGGAAUAUGAUACGAACGCUGUUGGGUGUAACUACGACCAUCGUUUCAUCUUGGGUGCCAGGUUGAAGACCAGGAACAAAGCUUUGACUACAACCAAGCUCUUGGCGUCGAUACCACCGCCUGGGGAUAUAGACGGAGAGAACGGGUACUUCUUGGCCAGCCCGUCGGUUGUGGAGUACUGCGAUUACUGGGUGGGGCAAACGUUCAGGGCGGAGCUCGUGCUGCGCAACAUAUCGUGCCUCAAGCGGAGCUUCAUGCUCCUCCCACCCUCCACGAAGUACUUCAGCUUGGCCAAGGUGAUGUUUCCCUCUUCAGAGAUUGACUCGGCGUCUGGCGUCGUUACGGGGACCGGAGAAAUCGCCCCUGGGGUCAGGGCGACAGUUCUUGUGGACUUCGUCCCCGACAGCCUCGGAGAGUACCACGACGUGAUAUCUGUCGUAACGGAGAUCGGCACUUUCGAGGUUCCAAUUUUCGCCCACCGGAGACGGCCGUGCCUGUCGUUGCCGCCCUCGGGUCUCCUCCACUGCGGGGGCUGCCUUCUGGGAGAAGGCCGGACACUGCGGUUCCGCGUAAAGAACACCGGAGGGCCCGUCCGUUUCCGACUCCUUCCGCGGCGCCCCUCGGAAAAACCGGCCGCCGCUGCUGAUGUGCAUCAGAAUGGAGAGAGCCGGGGGGAGGCGACGGCGGCAGCCGUGGCGGCAGAUGACGGGCAUCACGCCGGGCACCAUGGCGGGAAUGGGAGUGAGCUUCAGGGAGGCGGGGCCACCCGUUUGGAUAGGAGCGUCUUGCGGAUAAGAACUGAUUGCGACGAGACCUUCGGGUCGUCGAAAUUACCCACAGCAACAGCACCUGACGCAAUCAGUCGAGCCAAUGGUGGGAUUCAUUUUGAUGGAAACGGUGGUCAUGAUAAUGGCGACGAUCGAAAGGCCGAUUUUGAUGACUCGAGCUUCAAUCCGGACGGCAACAACGGCAGCCUAGAGGUUUCUCUCCGCAUUUCGAGCAUCGAUGGCACCCCCGUACCUGCUUUACAGUCGCCGUCGGAGGCGUCAAGCCCCACCAGCCACUGUCAGGACCAGCAGCAGCUGCUGCUACCAAACGACAACGCAGCCGACCUCGGCAGCGCGGUGGUGGCAUCACCGGCAGCGAUAAGCCACCUCUUAUUCGAGCCCACGCUUCUGGCCAGCACGUGUCGGCGGCGGUUCACGCUGCGCAAUUACACAACCGGAGACCUGGGCAUUCGCUGGGAAGCCUCGGACAUCACCUCCGCGCAGAAGCGGCAACAACGUGGACAAAAGAAGAAAAGCGCGACUUCGAGGUCGUCUUCGUCUGGAGACCCUCCGUCGGCGUCGCCGACGACGUCGGCCACACCUGCUGGUGGUGGCUUUGUGGACAUCUUUGGGACUGUUGGAGACAGUGAGGUCACGGAAAUACGGGGCAGUGCCUACGCGGAUAGGGAGGGAGCGGACUGGGAACCUGGAGCAAGCGCCCCCCGAAAUGAAGGGAGAACGGGGGAUGUCGCCGCGGGGGGCAUCCAACCGUCGUCUUCUUUGGCGGCAGGAAAGACGGCACAGAUGGCGGAGGGUUUAGCGACAGCACCCGGCAGGGGACCAUUCGUGAUCUUCCCGGAUUUUGCGGUGGUUCCGGCGCAAGGGGAGGUUUCGUUCGAGGUGGCGUUCUCGCCCCCGGGCCUGAGGGAGGUUGGGUUUCAGGCGGUGGCGGUCGUGCAAGGCAUCCCGGCGGCGGCCUUGGCGUACCACAACCCCGCUGGGAUGCUUGUGGACAGUGACAAAGUCGCUUCGGAUGAGGAAACCCGUGGAGGCGUAGAUAAGGGAGCUGGUAAGCUCUCUAGCGGUGGUGAUGGCAAAGAAGGCCUUGGAAACAGAAGCGACAACCGCGCCGUGGCAGGAGAAGGCCGAUUCAGGCUUUUCCUGCGAUCCUUGGAUCCGGACGGCAAGGGCUGCUUCAGCAAGCACGAGUUCAUGAAGGGGUUGCGAGCGAUGUGUCCCCUGCUCGAAGCAGCCGCGGCGACGUUCGUGGACUCGGCAACAUCGACAGGGAAUGGAGAACAUGGUGCAACGAUAGAGUUUGCCAGACUGGAUCCACACGACGACGCCGAUAGCGACGCUGAAGGUCCAGUCGUUGGCGUCAAAGAGGCCCUAGCGGCCGUGGGGGCCGAGCUGCGAGCGCGGAUCUCGCACGCCCUCGGCGGGAAAGGUUUGGAAGAGCUGGUGGAAGGCCACCGCAAAGAUUUACCAGGCUUUCAGAUGGAGUUGCGAGGGUCGGGGGAACCGGUGCGACUGUCUCUGCGGCCGGCAAUGCUUCAGACUCCGGGUGAUCACCUUCCUUACGGCCAGGUGCGUAUGCGUAGGGCGCAGGCGGAGGUGACCAUCAAGCCACUUGCCAUGGACUUCGAAGUUUGCAACGGGUCUUCUUCCCCGGCCCAGUUCGAGUUCGACCUGCCCGGCAUGACGGUGUCACUGUCGGGGAACGACGCAUUCACGACCACCAGUCCGGGUGUCGAGGGCGACAAUUGGAGCACCGGGUGCGACGUGGACAUCAGCCCCGCGAAGGGGGUCGUGCCCGCGGGAGGGAGUGUCAAAUGCAGGGUGAGACAGCGGGCUAUUCCGUAG